UUUUUUACACACAAAUUUACACAAUAGCACGUAUAAUUCUUUAAACAGAACCGCCUAUGCCUUUUUUCAACCAAGGUAUGACAUCAUAUCUAAUAUGCUGCCGUUCAAAUUCUGGGGGUGUGAUCAAUUUCUGUACUAUAAAAGAACCAGAGCUGCUUGAGCCAUAAGUCAUUCAUAUGUGACCUUUUACAGUUAAUGGUUUAUAUUGGUAGCAUGCCAUAUACGAGGUGUUUCAUUAAACUUUUAGAUACAUUAGAGAAAUGCUGUAUUCAUGAAUCUGACGGAGUUUAACCAGUCUGAUCGCUGUGAGCAUUUCUCCUGUCCAGAGAGAUCCGGAUCUCCUGCAGUUUAUAUCUUACUGUACGUGUGUUCAGCUGCUGUGGUUCUUCUAACACUGUGUGGAAAUCUUCUCGUCAUCAUCUCUGUUCUUCACUUCAAGCAGCUUCACACACCGACAAACAUGCUCGUGUUCUCUCUGGCUGUGUCGGAUUUCCUCGUUGGUGCUUUAUUAAUGCCGCCGAUGUUAAUCUCCAUAAUCGAGUCAUGCUGGAUUUUUGGGAGAGAUUUCUGCAUUUGUUUUUUGUUGAUUUGUGGUUUCCUCACAAUCUCGUCCAUCUAUAAUAUCGCUCUGAUCGCUGUGGAUCGGUAUUUGGCUCUCUCAAACCCCUUUCUCUACAUGAACAGAGUGUCUGUGAGGAUCACUGGUAUUGUAAAUGUAUGUGUCUGGUGUGUGGUGAUGGCCUAUAGCUCAGCACUCUUAUAUUUCAAUGGAAACUUUACAAAUACUGUAAUGUGUCCUGGAGAGUGUUCUCUCUUUCUGAAUAAGGUUUCGUAUGUAAUUGACCUUAUAUUUUCAUUUAUAUUUCCACUCUCUGUCAUAAUCAUAUUGUAUACUCGAGUGUUUGUGAUUGCUAAGAAACAUGCCACUGCUAUCAGAGAGUUUAAUAAUCACACACGGCCUAAAACACAGAAAAUCACCUCACACUCGAUGAAAUCUGAGAGAAAAGCAGCUAAAGUCCUGGGCAUUUUAGUGUCUGUGUUUCUGAUGUGUUUACUUCCAUAUUUUAUUUACAGUUUAUUAGGUGAUGUUAUUGAACUACAGACAGAAACAUUUCAGAAAGUUUCAAUCGUGUUUUGUCUCAAUUCCACCAUUAAUCCUGUUAUUUAUGGUCUGUUUUACCCGUGGUUUAGAAGGUGCAUUAAAUUAAUUAUAACUCUGCGAAUAUUCCAAACUGACUCUGAAUUAAUAAAUGUUCUCUCAUGA